AUGAAAUAUGUGUAUGACACACAAACACUAGAAGAGUUUGAAAAAUGUUUGGAUGAGUUGAUUAGCAUGUACAGCUUGCAUGAGAAUGUCUGGUUGCAGAGUUUAUACACUAAGUGUGAGCAUUGGAUACCGGCCUUCUUGAAAAAUGUUUUUUGGGCUGGAAUGAGUAUAACGCAGCGGAGUGAGAGCAUGAAUACCUUCUUUGAUGGUUAUGUUCAUGCUAAGACAAACUUGAAAGAGUUUGUCGAUCAGUAUGAUAAUGCCUUGAAAAAGAAGAUUGAGAAUGAAAAUUGCGCGGACUUCCAGUCAUUCAACGUCACAAUUCCCUGCAUCUCUAGAGCUCCAAUUGAAAAGAGAUAUCAAGAUUUGUACACAAAUGCUAAAUUCAGGGAAGUUCAACACCAACUUGCCGACAUUAUCAACUUGGAUCCAGUUUUACUUAAGGCGAAUGCUACAGUCAAGACCUAUCUAGUAGAGGAUGAAAUUCGUGCUAAAGAUUUUACUAAGCUGGUUACACAUUCAGUGGAUUUUAGUGAGGACAAUGCAGUCGCCAAGUAUUCUUGUGGUUUAUUUCAAAUGAGGGAGAUAGUGUGCCGGCACAUCUUCGCCGUCUUCAAAUGUAACGGGAUUAAGACAAUACCAAAUAGAUACAUUUUGGAUCGAUAG